AUGUAUUACGCCGGCAUUGUUACAACAAUCCUUGCACUCACCCCGGCGUUGUCCCUGGGUACACCUAUUCUUGCCGCCCGCCAAAUUUCAGCCUUUAACGUCGGCAUUGCGCAGUUAAUUUGGGCCGGCGACACCUCCCGUGUUUCUCAAUUCUUGUCUAUGGCACCCUCGCUCAGUGGCCAAGACUUGGUAAACGCAGCGGCAUCAGCUCUUGCCGCUGAGGGCGAUGAGCUUAACCAAAAGGGCGCCCUUGAUGCAGCGUUCCUUGACGUGGACAAUCUCGACCCGAACGUUGUUGCAGCAAACACAACCUUGGUUAACGAUGGAACACUGCAAUUUGUCGUUGAUGGGUUGAGAGGUCUCGUGGCUAACGGAGCAAGUUUCACUCCAGACCAAGUCAAUAUGACCGUUACCCUGAUCAACGGCGUGCGUUGUGGCACCGUAUUGCCCGCUAUCGAUGCAUACUUACAGGCAGCGGCCGAAUUGUCAGGGAAACCGCUCCCUAACGCCGCCGUCAGACCCAAUAACUGCCCUUGA